AUGGCUUCCCAAAUACAUCAUCAUUCUAAACAAUUCAUUCUCAUUGUAUUAUUGUCCUCUCUAUUUUAUUUCACGGUUGACUCGACUAGCCGUGGUGGAUGGUCGCCAAUCAGUAACCCCAAUAAACCGAUAUUUGUGGUUAUUGGAAAGUUCGCGGUAUCAGAGCACAACACUGAAGCCAAGACAAAUCUUAAGUUCGUUAACGUGGUGAAAGGAGACAUUGAAGUGGCUGUCGGUGCCGGUACCGAAUAUCGCCUUGUGAUCGCAGCGAAGAAUGGAGGCGUCAUUGGGAAUUAUAAGAUCCUUGUUUUAGAGACAGCAGGGACUACUAAAUAUCGUAAACUAAGUUACUUUACCAAAUUGUAG